UACUGGUAACUGUCGGCGGAAAGAGUCGCCUUGAGCACUGAACUACUGGUAACUGUCGGCGAUAAGAGACACCUAGAGCACUGGAAUCAGCUGUCAGUCAGGAGUGAGAGGCAAGUCGCAUGCUACGAGCGCACGUGGGUUGGGCACCGAGGCAAACAAAACUGGCGACUGGCAGCGAGGUACUGUCUUUCCAUCACGCCGCAAGCAUCAUGAGACGGGGCCCACAGUUCUUGAUGGUGUUGACCGCCGUCUUGCUUGGAACUCUAGCAGUGGUCACGGGUUAUACUCUGGAACCAUUUGCAGAUUCACAGCCGUCCCCCGCGAGGACCCGCCUUCUUGAGCUGCUGUAUAAUAUCGACGGCCUUCUGCAGGCAUCUUCACAUAGUACCGACCAGCCAGAUAACAAUAAGCUAGCCCAGCCCAGGGAUACAGACUUCCACAGUAAAGGUGACACUGUACUUGCUAAGAAGAGAGACAUGGGUGUUCUCCCGCCCUGGAACGAAUUCUGUCGAAUGAUGAGGAUAACGAACUGCUUCCACAGUCAACACUGAGCAUGCGCAACCCCAGCCAAUCAUAACACAGGAAAACAUUUGGUGCAGCUGAACACGGUGCUUGAAGAGAUUUUAUGACUAUACGAGAGCUUGACGAGAAUAGAGGAUGUUAUCAUGAAAGUGCUCUACAAACUUGCAACAGUGGAUUUCUCAAUAAAAUUAUUGAUUUAUAA